GGGGGGCGUUGUGGAUAUAUAUAAAUCAAAUUCUACAUGGCCUCUGCCAGGAUGUACCUUAUAACGAGAUUCAUUCUGAUCUCCCUGAUUUGGAAGAGCAGCCUGGCACUUUUAUGUCUGCCGUGUGAUGAGUCUAAAUGCGAGGAGCCAAAGCAUUGCUCUGGCACGGUUGUGCUCGGUAUCUGCGGCUGCUGCUCGGUCUGCGCCAAGCAGAAAAACGAAAGCUGCGGUGGUGUCUACGGUCUGUAUGGGACUUGCGACCGCGGGCUGCGGUGCGUGAUCAGAUCGCCGCUAAACGGUGGAUCCAUCACGCAGUAUGAGGUCGGAGUCUGUGAAGAUGAAAACUGGGACGACGACCAACUGUUGGGAUUUGAGCCGUGCAAUGAGAACCUGAUCACGGGCUGCAACAUCAUCGACGGGAGGUGUGAGUGUGACAGCAUACGGACCUGCAACAACCCAUUUGAGUUCCCCAGCCAGGACGCAUGCCAGACCGCUCUGAGGAAGAUUGAAGAGGAGCGGCCUGACUGUUCCAAGGCGCGGUGUGAGGUGCAGUUCUCACCCCGCUGCCCUGAGGACGCGGUGCUAAUCGAAGGCUACGCACCCCCUGGAGAGUGCUGUCCCCUGCCCAGCCGCUGUGUCUGCAGCCCUGCAGGGUGCCUGAGGAAGGUGUGCCAGCCUGGAUACCUCAACAUCUUGGUAGCCAAGGGCUCUGGGAAGCCUGGAGAAUGCUGCGACCUGUACGAGUGCAAACCAGUGUUUAGUGUGGACUGCAGCACAGUGGAGUGUCCUCUUGUCCAGCAGGUUCAGUGUCCACCUGACAGUUAUGAGACCCAGGUGCGUCUCACCGCGGACGGCUGCUGCACCCUUCCCACCAGGUGUGAGUGUUUGCCUGGUCUGUGCAGUUUCCCGCAAUGCAUCGUGGAGAGCUCCCCCCAGGUGGUCUCCCGCGGCGACGGUACCCCCGGGCGAUGCUGUGAUGUGUACGAGUGUAUCAACGAGACGAAGCCGGCUUGCAGCUUCAAUGGGUCAGAGUACCAUGACGGAGACAUGUUCCGAAUGGACGCCUGCCACUUCUGCCGCUGUCAGGGAGGGGUGUCGGUGUGCUUCACCGCCCAGUGUGGCAUCCUGCACUGUGAACGCUACUAUAUCCCUGAAGGAGAGUGCUGUCCAGUCUGUGAAGACCCCAUCUACCCAUUGCUGAACUUCGCAGGUUGCUACGUGAAUGGGGAGAUCCUAGCACACGGAGACCACUGGCGUGAGGACGACUGUACGUUCUGCCAGUGUGUGAGUGGUGACUCCCGGUGUGUGGCCGCUGCUUGUGGGCACAGCUGCCUCAACCCAGUGACCGUACCCGGAGAGUGCUGUCCAGUGUGUGAGGAGCCCACCUACAUUACUAUGGCACCCCCUGCCUGUCAGUCACUAGAGAACUGCUCCCUGUCAGAGAAGCACUGCUUAUACGGCUUCCAACUGGACCUGAACGGCUGUCGCACCUGCCACUGCAAAACACGAGAAGAGCUGUGCAGUGCCCUGAUCUCUGUCUGUACCCUGAAGUGUCCCUUCGGCCUGCAGACAGAUGCCCACGGCUGUGACGUGUGUCAGUGUCGCCCUAGGCCCAAGAAGUGCAAGGCUGUGGUCUGUGACAAGGCCUGCCCCUUUGGAUUCAUAAAGAACAAGCAUGGUUGUGAUAUCUGCCGCUGUAAGAAGUGUCCAGAGUUACCUUGUGACAAAGCCUGUCCAAUGGGCUUCCAGCAGGACAAGUUGGGCUGUCUGAAGUGCCAGUGCAGAGACCAGAGCUCAUCGUCAGUGGCCCCGUUAGUGAAGAAGGGUUCCUGUCUGUCCAUGGAUGGAAGACGGCAUGAGAACGAAGAGAACUGGCAUGAUGGCUGCCGGGAUUGCUACUGCCACAGCGGCAGGGAGAUGUGUGCCCUCAUCUCAUGCCCUGUGCCAUCCUGCGACAGCCCUGCCAUACGGUCCGGACAGUGCUGUCCAUCCUGCCCAGAGGAGCCCAGCUCCCACAAACCAGACCUGGGGGAUUCGUCAGUGUGUCUGGCCCCGGGGGGAGAAUACUUUGUGGAGGGGGAGACGUGGAACAUCGACGCCUGCACCCAGUGCACCUGUCACAGUGGGCGUGUCCUGUGUGAGACAGAGGUGUGCCCGCCCCUGCUCUGCCAGAGCCCAAUCAGAACGCAAGACUCAUGCUGCCCCCACUGCCCAGACGAGCCCAUCACCCCCCAUUCUCCCAGUAAUGACAGCUUACCCAGCUACUGCAGGAACAAGGAGGGGGACAUCUUCCUGGCAGCAGAGUCCUGGAAGCCCAACACCUGCUCCAGCUGUGUGUGUCUGGACGGUCAGAUCAGCUGCUUCUCAGAGUCCUGCCCGCCUGUUGGUUGUGCCAGGCCCGUGCUGCGCAAAGGACAGUGCUGCCCCUACUGCCUCGAUGCCACACCGAGAGCCGUGUGCCACUUCAAUGGGAAGACGUAUGCAGACGAGGAGCGCUGGGACAUAGACAGCUGUACACACUGCUACUGCCUUCAGGGACAGACCCUCUGCUCUACUGUCAGCUGCCCCAUCCUGCCAUGCCACCAACCCACCAUAGUGGAAGGCAGCUGCUGCCCUAUGUGUUCAGAGAUGUACGCACCAGCCCCCACCAACAUGCCCAUUGAGAAGACAGACCAGCACAGAGGUAGGAAGCAGCACCAGCCUGCCUGGCCCACCCGCAGUGAGAACGACAUCAUGCCCCAAUUCAAAGGGAACUUUGGUAGUCUCCAAAUGCCCUAUCUGGAUGGGAAGACCCCAGUUCCCAGAGAAGACACCACACUGCACUCUGUGGCAUGGGUGGCACUGCCCAUCAUUAUGAUGCUGUUCACCAUCACAGCUCUUCUCUUCAUUAACCAGAAGAAGCAGUGGAUCCCCGUGCUCUGCUAUCGCACCCCAACUAAGCCCACCUGCCUCAACAACCAGCUGGUAUAUGUGGACUGCCAGAAAGGCACCAAGGUGCAGGUGGACAGUUCGCAGCGCAUGCUCCGGAUCGCUGACCCUGACUCCAGGUACAGCGGUUACUACAGCAUGCAGAAACAAAACAACCUCAACAACCUGCAGGCUGACAAUUUCUACCAGACUCAGUGAGACAGAGAGACUGGCCUGGCCUCGCCUCGUGUCCAGUACUCAGCAGUCAGCAAGAAGCCAAAACGAGAGAGAGAGAGAGCGCAUUACCUACAGUACCGUCACAACAACUAUUACUUAACACAGACGGAUGGAAAAAUGAUACCAAACCUAUCAAUGACAAAAUAACUAGCAAACUAGCAAAGUUCAUUAGCAAAGACAGAUAAAUGACUAUAAUAAUCUGCUCAAGAUGAAUAACGAAUCAAACAAAAUAUAAUGAUGAUUUUAAACUACAGCUAACACAAUGGAAGAACCAGAAUCUAGACUUUUCCUAGAUUAUUGUUCAACUUCUUUUUGCCAGUGAGUGUUACACGUGUGUUUGGUGUGUGUGAUGGAGGCGUGCUUCUGUAUGUGGGUCUUUGUGAAUGUGUGUGUGUUUAAAGUUAGAUAUACAUCUUUGCGAUUAGGAAAAAGUGGGUAUUUUUCAAAGUAUGGUAUUUUCCUGCAUUCCUGCUUCCUUGAAAAAGGCCUUUGAAGAGAUAAACAGAAUAAUUCAAGCUAGUGUUUUCUGUUGAACACUGAACUUUUAGAACCAAAGCUCGGCUGACUGUAUGUCGCAUCAAAACACACCCUGUAAGAGAGAUGCUAGACGAACACUGUGGCCAGUCUGAUCUGAGCCGUGGCAGGACGGACUGACGACUGCCAGACUCUAUGUGGCACUGAGCCGAAAGAGAGAGAAUGAGAGAAAGAAAGAGUUCAGAUACUGUAGACCCCGUCACAGACAGACCUCAGCUGAGCACCUCUCUCAGGUCUGUUCAAGCUGGACUAUUGCUCUUUUCUUGCCUUCCUCUUUCCUCCCCUUCUUUGAAAACGUUGACAUUGGUUUGCUGUCUUGUUUUCCCCCUGUGGAACGUCACCUGUUGCAUAGAAGGUGGAAAGGAAGAAGAAGCUUCAUUCACUCCAUUUAUUUUCCUUUGAUAUUCUGCUCAACAUGUAUAAGUGUUAUUUUUCAAGUCACUUUCAAUUCUCCAUAAUCUUUUGGCUAAAUGUAUUUAACAACAAAGGGCAUGCUGACGCUGACUUUCACACACUCCAAACAAUGGUGUCUUUUAUUUGGAUAAAGAAUAAAUGUGUUUGGGUUGAUAAAGGCAGGAUGAAGCUACCCACUGGGCACAUAUGUCUAUUCCACGUUGGUUCAAUGUAAUGUCAUUGAAAUGACGUGGCAGCAACGUUGAUUCAACCAGUGUGUGCCCAGUGGGUUGUGUAGUUCUUGAGGAUUAAGGAUUUGAGCAUAUGCUUUACAAGCUUUUCUGCUUUGUUUCUGUACGUCCUGUUUUACAUGGAGUUGCACACACAUAGGGAGACUAUUUAGCUCCUUUAGGAAACACUGAGGAUACAAGAAAACAUAGAAUCAAAGAAUAUGUUCAAAUGUGUUUUUUCUCGGGGUUCUCUGAGGACGAGCUAUAUUAAAGUAGCUCUGAUGUUUUUCUCCUUUUGUCUUACUGGCUGUAAGACUAACAGUCUCCUCUUCUCGAUAUUACCCAAGCACCUUUGUCUUCAUUUAUUCAUUGCAAGACAUUAUACAGUUGGAACACGUAUGUACAUAUUACUGCUGAAGAUGAAAAAUACAUGAAAUAUUGUGUGACUAUAUACAGUAUGUAUGUGUCUAUGUGUAUGUUGUUUAUUCAUAUAUGUACAUGUGUCAACCCACACAUGCAUGCACACAUGAUUUUUUCUUCACGUGUACAUUUCUCAAUUAAUUUCCUAUUGAAUGUAUUUAUGAUUGAGAAAUAGAUUUGAUCUAAUAAUAGAAAACAUGAUGAGAACAAACAUUUGCAUUGAUUUUUUGAAAAGAGGAGUGAUAGAGACAGGACAGGACAGAAAAAACACAAACAUCUUAUUCAAUCAGUUUUUCCCUCAUUUAUUUGAUGUCAUUUUCAUUUUUUUUAAGAAAAAAAAGAAUUGUCUAUGAGGGCUUUGUUUGAUUGGUCUGUGAGUUCCCUAUCUAUUUGAGUCAAUCAGUUUCCCUGAAUGAAGCAAUGUCCAAAAUGCCAACCAUAUAUAGACAAGAGAGUUCUGAGCUGAGCAGUACCAGGCUCUCUCAAUCUGUUAUUCUUCUCUUUCAUUUGUCGUUUCUGAAGUCAAACUAUUGGAAAGUGGGUGGACAUAAGCUCUGGGAGAGAGGGUGGGAUGGAGGAAGGUAGGGGUAGUAGUUGACUUUUAGAGUUUGUCUUCAGUGUAUCUUAGUCUGUCUGACAAAAAUGUAAGUAGAAUCAUACAUAUUGGCACUUUUAUAUUGAAAAUAACCUUUUUUGGUCAUUUUUUUUAAACAUACCUUUCAUUGAAAGAGAUGCCCUUAGUUUUUUUCUGAGCCCUGUCAGACCCAGUGUUACAGUUAGGUUCCAGUUGUUUCUGAAUAUUUGAUCUACAAAACCUAAAUUAACUUAGAACUCUCACGGUCAUUGUAUGCAGGCACUGCAUUUCUGUUUAUAGGUGAGGAUUUCUGGCAUUGUAUGCAGGCACUGCAUUUCUGUUUAUAGGUGAGGAUUUCUGGCAUUGUAUGCAGGCACUGCAUUUCUGUUUAUAGGUGAGGAUUUCUGGCAUUGUAUGCAGGCACUGCAUUUCUGUUUAUAGGUGAGGAUUUCUGGCAAGAACAAGAGGGGUAAAUAUUUACCUUGCAAAACAUUAAUUGCAGCUGAAGCUUGCUCUGUUUUCUCCUAACCUAUAUGUAUUCUCCAGACAUAGGAAAAACAUACUCAAAUCUACUAUAUAACCGACAUGUACUGUAUGUAAAUGCUUUUUCAAUGAAAGUUGAUUGGUUUGAUUCUCCAGCCAUUACAUACAGGUCUGUCUAUCAUCUGGACACAAACCACAGGCAAACCUCACUUAAAUACACAAUCCACAUAAUUUCCAAUCGGUGAAGUGAUGGAUCAUAAUAAUUUAUUUGAUUAAGGACCAUAAGUUCUAUUACACUCGCAUCACAUUGACUGGCUGGGUUCAUAUGUGACUUGGCUCUAUGUUGCAUGAUGUGGUGCUACAUCCCCUACAGUAUGGUUGAGUAACUUCAUACAGGAAUGCAUCUUAUUCACAAUGGGUCUUACAGGGUGAAAUCGUUGUAUCUUUCAGUGCAUCCUCCAAGUAUUGUUGUAAAUACUUGAGUAUCACUUGCCAAAAUAAAAAUAAAUAAACAUUGUUGGAAAAGAAAGAGAGAGGGAAACAAAUUAGAUUUAAUUUAUUGUGUUAAAUUACCUAAAUAAUUUAUUAAUGAGCAAGAUAAUUGAACAUGAACAUAAUAGGCCUUAAGCGAUGAUGCAGCUGAAAUUGUGAAACUAUUUUAGUGUUGUGUCAGUCUCUCGAAGAGCAUGUAAAUAAGGUUGUACUUUAGGUAGGUGGAGAAGUUGGAGGAUCACAAGCUUUCACAUCUUUUCAGGGUUUUUUUAUCACAUGGACCUGAUUUAGCCGAAUCCCAGAUCUGUUUGUGCUGUCUUGCCAACUCCGAUGGUCAUUGUCAUGCAGUUUACUGUAACACAGUGUGACAAAGAACAUAGGAGUUGGAUAGCUAGACAACACAAAUUCAUCUGAUCAGGCUACAUCUGCCUUGUCCAAGGAGCACAAAAGCCUGACACCCUGAUGAGCAUUUUCCUCUGUUCCAAUAAAGAUAGCCUAUUGAGAGGGAAAUAUCUCUCUGUCCCCAUUCUUUCCUGUUAACCAUUUUAUUUACACAACUGCCAAUCCCCUUUAGAGUCUGAAUAUUACUGGUGUUUCAUGCUUAUGUAAAAAUAAAAAAUGUGUUGAUAUUGAUAAUGAUGAUAUUGCAAAAACAAGAUUUAUUAAGAGGAUAGAUGAAUAUUUGACUGAAUUUCCCGUAGCACAGCAGAUUAUUUUUUGCAAGUUCUUGUAUUAUUCUUUUUUGUUUCUUUGCAGCACAAUAAAUCAUUUGAAAACA